GCCGUGCGGCCCUCAGCUCAACUCAUCCGCUGGCGGACAGGCCUCUUGGUCUGUGUUCCCAUCCUCGAUGUCCAGCAACAAGGUAGCUGAUCGAUGGUGCUUGUCAGAGCGGCAAGGCCAUCAUCUGCAAUCCAAUAGUGCAAUUGAUCUUGAACUUGAUGGUGGGACUGCAAGUCUUCAUCCAGAAAUAGGAGCCACAAAAGGUAAUACUCGAAUCAAAUGGAGUCCCCAAAUGGCUGAUCGAUGGUGCUUGUCAGAGCGACAAGGCCAUCAUCUGCAAUCCAAUGGGGCAAUUGAUCUUGAACUGGAUGGUGGGACUGCAAGUAUUCAUCCAGAAAUAGGACUCACAAAAGUUAAUACUCGAGCCAAAUGGAGUCACCAAAUGAAGUUGUUCCUUGUUAGACUCCUAAAAGAUCACGAUGUGCCUGGUUUUCGGACACAUAAUGCUUGGAGUAAGGAGGCAUGGAGAAAUAUUGUUUCUCAACUAAAUCAAAAGGUUGGAAGGUCUACAACUAGGAGAUAUGUUGAUGGCAUCAGAUAUCUUCAAAUGCAAGGAGAACAGGGAAGUUUUCUUGUCAUACUCUACUAAUGAACUAUGACUGCCUUGGCUUAAAAGAGAGAUUGCGUGUGCCCAAACAACCCAUCAAAAUUAGCCAUUGUGGUGAUCCACUGAGAUCAUAGGUUCUAUUUUAGGGAAGCUUUUGGUCUGUAGGUGUCAUAUAUUUAUGUUUAGUUGAAUUGGUCAUAGAACUGACCAUGAUGGUUUAGUAUAUUUUGGUAGUUAUGUUGAGAGGCUUUUGGUUAGGCAUGCAUGAAAAUUUGUAGUACUAUUGCAACUUUGAAGUCCAAGAAUGGUACUACAACUUGCAUGUCAUAUUUCAAGUACAAGAAUGGUAGCUGGACUUGGAUAACAUAUUACAUAUUCUAAGAUCUUUGUGAUACAUACUGUGCCCACAUUUGUUGUGCUAUAUCUUCUCGCUUUUGAUUCCCGGCAUCUCUAGAGUAAUUAAAUGCAUGUAUGUCGUUAUGAUACUUGUGAUCUCCACUUGGCACAUCAACAAAUUGUUCUUGAUCAAUCUCCACAGCAGUAUUCUCAGGCCAAGAUAGAUCUCCAUUAUGCAAAUGUAUGAAAUUGUGCAGCACACAACUAGCAACUGAUAUGUCAAUUUGUUUGGUAACAGAGUAAUGUGAAGCCACUCUCAGUAUCGGUAAUCUCAUUUUUAGUAUACCAAUAAUCCUCUCGAUAUGGUUUCGGAGUUGUGCAUGUCGUAGGUUGAAUAAUUCCUUAUGAUUUCUUGGCCUUUGACGAACUCUCCCUUGUUCUUGCAAGUGGUACCUAGUACCGCAAUAUGGAGCCAGAAAUUGUGGUGUAUUUGCAUAACCAGCAUCUACAAGGUAAAAUUUUCCGGGGGGUACUUGAAACCCAUGGUUAACUGCAUCUUGUAGGACUCUUGCAUCUGAAGCCGAUCCCUCCCAACCAGCAUGUACAUGCACAAACUUUAAAUCAAAACCGCAUGCUACCAUAACAUUUUGUGACAAUGUUUGCUUCCUAUUGCGAUAUGGUUCUUGCUCAUGAACAGGUAAUUUCAAUGGAAUAUGUGUACCAUCUAUAGCGCCGAUGCAGUCC